AUGGGGUCAACAGAAUUCGGCAACUUUAAUAACUUCUGUCGAGAUUCGACACUGCCAGUUUGCAAUGUGCUUUCCAGCCAGCACGACCAGCAAGGGCCAUGGGGUGGCUGCGAGCUCACGGGUAUCCCAUUGCCUAAUGAUCAAAAAAUCGGGAACCUGGGUUCGAUUAUUUUUGCUGCUCUUGCCAUCUUGGUCAGCGUAUACCUUGUGUGGAGGUCAGACAGGAAGAGGGCAGCCGUUGGCAGAAGGGAAAUGCAAUUGUUCCUCGUCGGAUACCUUAUCAUAUCGAUAGCCGAAGUGUUCACUGUUGGAGAGUUUCCCUUGCCGGACACUGUUCGCAUUGCUUUUACCGGCAUCCACAUUGGUAUGAUCAUUGCGACGACCUGGAUCCUCAUGCUUAACGCAAUCGUGGGUUACCAAAUCGUUGACGACGGCACCCCGCUCUCACUCGGCUUGAUGCUGCUUUCGGCCGCCAUUCUUCUGGGCGGUACGCUUUACAUCACCCUCGACACGGGCUUCCGUUGGACCGGUUACUGGAAUUCGAGCUGGGAAUUGCCCAACCGCAACAUCGCCCUAUACGUGCUGUACCAGCUCGUGCCUCUCGUCUUCCUCGUCGCCUUCUUUGUCCUCGAGACGAUUCUGGUCCUGCGUAUCCUGGGCGAGACGAGACCUAUGAUCUACCUGACCGCCGCGCUCCUCCUAUUCGCCAUCGGUCAGAUCUUCAACUACGUUGUCAGCAGCCACAUCUGCAGGGGGACCAACGGUGCCAUUGACGGCGCUCUCUUUCAAACGCUAUUCACCCUCUUGUCCGUCGUCAUGGUUUGGGUUUUCUGGUCCAGCAUCACCGAGGAUGACUGGCCCAUGCCGGUUGGCAGCACAUACCCUUAG